AUGGAUCCAACCCUCCCAGCCUGGGGAACUGAAGUCACAACAGUGAACGGAAGCAACCUCACUCUGCCUACACUCUGUGACCACAUGAGCCUCUCCGUGACUUUUCUUAUCGUCCUCAUUGCCGUGGCUGGGCUGGCAGGAAAUGCCAUCGUGCUGUGGCUUCUGGGCUUCCGGAUGCGCAGGAAUGCCUUCACUGUCUACGUCCUCAACCUGGCUGGGGCUGACUUCCUCUUCCUCUGCUUUCACGUUGCAUAUUCCAUAAAGUGUAUUACUAACUUCCUCCACUCCAUCUCCAUCUACAUCCCUACCUUUUCUAGCAUUGUGUUCACGUUUGCUUACCUUGCAGGUCUGAGCAUGCUCAGUGCAAUCAGUGCUGAGCGCUGUCUGUCUGUCCUGUGGCCCAUCUGGUACCGUUGCCAACGCCCAAGACAGACAUCAACUGUCGUGAGUGCCCUGCUCUGGGCCUUGUCCCUGCUCUUGAGCCUCCUGGAAGGGGAGGAAUGUUGCUUCAGGUUUAAGCGUGUUUAUGAGUUUUGUGAGACAUUUGAUUUCAUCACUACUGCAUGGUUAAUUGUUUUAUUUGUGAUUCUCUUUGGGUCCAGCCUGACCCUACUGGUCAGGAUCUUCUGCAGCUCACAGCGGGUUCCUGUGACCAGGCUGUAUGUGACCAUUACACUCACAGUGCUGGUCUUCCUGCUGUUUGGCCUGCCUUUUGGGAUCCACAAGUUCCUCUUGCAAUGGAUCAUGAAAACAUUAAAAAUUACCCAUGUUGAUUUUGCACAAAUUACAACACUUACGUCCUGUGUUAACAGCUCUGCCAACCCCAUCAUCUACUUCUUUGUUGGCUCCUUUAGGCAUCACAGGUUCCAGGGAGGUACUCUCAAGCUACUUCUUCAGAGAGCCCUGCAGGACACCCCUGAGGAGGAAGAGUGUGGAGAGAGGGGAUCUUCAGGAAAACCUGGGAAACUGGAAACAGUCUACCCAGCAGUUGAGAUCAGAUAG